AUGGAACUUAGCAAUAGAGAAAGUGAUACUUCUUUAAUAGAACUUGAUCUAACACCUAUUAGUAGUCAAGAAAAUGAAAUAUAUUGCAAAUGUUUCUUGUGCACUGAAGAAGGUCAUAGUGGUGCUUGGAAACCCAUAGUAAUAUAUUCAGAAUCAUCAAAUUUAGAGUUAUCAAGCGAUGAGAAUAAUGACUCAUAUUCACCAAAAAUUAAUAUGGAAACACAAAGCUUAUUUGAAAUCUCAAAAGAUAGUGAAAUUUUACAAGAAAGCAGCAAUUCAGAGUACUUAGUAUGGGAAGACUUUUCAGAUUGUAAUAGGGCCUUGAAUAAUUUUCUUGGCUCUGAAGAUUUUAAUGAUUAUUCAGAUCACUCUAUAUGGGAAGAUUUUUUUAACUAUAACAGAUCUUUGAAUGAUUUUCUUAGUUCUGAAAGCUCUGAAGACGAUUAUUCAGAUUAUUCUCAAAAUGAUAUAGAAUUAGAUAUAUCAGAGGAAAUGGCCAUUGCAUUAAGGAUAUUUAAAUGGCUUACUAUUCAAUAUAGAGAUUUUGAUCAUGCCGCAGAAUUAAGAUACAGAGCUAAUUAUGUAUUAUAUAGGAAUGAUGACCAAAUAGGUGAUAUUUUUGAUG